AAGUAUGAGUUGUAAACUGUUUCCCCGUGUUAUGUUUACCAUAUCAUUUUCUUCCUCUUUAGGGAAAUGUAACUUCGACUUGGGCUUUUGUGAGUGGGCAAAUGAUCUGGUUAGCGAUAACACAAGUCCGUGGAAGUUAAGUUCGUUCAGAAGUAGUAAGAGGUCAGUUGUCAAAAGACCGGACCGUGGCGGAAGACUCGGGGGGAAGUUUAUAUACGCAAUGAAAUCUGGAAGACAAAGAUCCAAACAUCGCCUAGUGAGCGCCAAGGUAUGCGGUCCAAAGUGCGUCGAGCUUUACUACUUCAUGGAGAAAUCUAAGAAAAGUGAAUUCAGGCUGUUAGCUAGAAAAGGCAACGAUGGUGGAGAGGAUCGCGUUUGGUUUUCAUCAGGAGAAGAAAGUAAACUGGGGGAAUGGACAAGGGCAGUGGUUGAAAUAAACGCUGAAGAUGAAAACUGUUUUCAGCUUGUUCUUGAAGCCAACCUUGGUGGGGAAUUCACAAGCACAAUAGUUGGAAUGGAUGACGUCCUUAUAGCAAAUGGAAGCUGCUGCCCAAUGAUCAACACUCCUGAGGACACUGCUAAAGCAAACUGCGAUUUUGACAAAGGAACAUUGUGUAACUGGAGACCCUCUACGAAAUCAACGUUCCUCUGGAGUAUUGGAAGUGGCCAGACUAACAGUGGGCAAGCAAGCGGUGGCAUGACUGGACCUACAGCGGAUUUUUCUGGCAGUGGAAAAUAUGCGUAUAUCGAAUCAUCUGAACCUCAGGCAACGGGGGAUAAAGCCGUCCUGGUCAGCAACAUGAUGGCUGGACAACAGUGCAUGCGCUUCAAGUACCACAUGCAUGGGGCGGACAUUGGUUCGUUGUCAAUAUACAGGCGAGGAUUUCUUGUAUGGAAAGAAAUUGGUAACCACGGAAACAGGUGGCUUGAAGGCCAGGUUGACUUUGACUGUAGUAUGUCUCAAUACCAGGUUGAAAUAGAGGCGACUGUGGCUGGAUGGCGCGGUGAUAUUGCUAUCGACGAGCUCCGCUUUACUCCUGGACUAUGUCCUAUAAGGCCCAUUGGAGAUGUCGCUGCUGGAACAAUUCCAACGCCACCAGUUCCGACUACCGCCUUGAUACCUAUGGCACCACCAUACAGUAUUUGUAUAUUCAAUAAUAAUUUGUGUGGCUGGACAAAUGCUUUAGACGACGAUGGCGAAUGGCAGAUUCAUCAAGGUGACACGCCAUCUUAUGAAACAGGACCUCACUACGACAGCGACGGAAAUGGGUACUACCUCUAUAUGGAAGCCUCGGACCUACUUAAUAGUCAAAAGAUCCGCUUAGAGAGUCAAGAGUUUUACACUCCAAUUUGUUUACAUUUUCACUAUCACAUGUACGGCAAGGACAUCAACGAGCUGCGGUUGGAGCAGCGCGACCUUAAAGACAAUUUAACAAAGACUGUUUGGUCAAAAACUGGAGAUCAAGAGGAUUACUGGCACUUUGGUUCACAGGCGUUCUACGGAGAUCACUACACAGUAUCAUUUGUAGGUGUCCGGGGCAACUCGUAUCUUGGUGACAUUUCCCUUGAUGAAGUUAGCGUUAGCGAUGCUGAGGAAUGCAAAAAUUUGGGGCCCAAACAGGGAGACGUGGGAGGCAAUCCCAAGGAAGGAAACUGCAAUUUUGAAAGUAAGAAUAAAGUUGAUACAGGGAAAUGCAAAUGGCUCGAUGUUAAGGAUGACCAGUUUGAUUGGACGAUUCAUUCAGGAAAAACACCAUCGUCUGGAACUGGGCCAUCUUCUGAUCACACACUCUCAAGAGGUCCGCAACGGCGUUCGAAAGAAGGCAAAUACAUUUACAUUGAAAGUUCCAGUCCACGUAGACCGGGACAUGAAGCCAUGCUUCGUGUCAAACUUGAGGGCCGGUCUUUCUGCAUGCAGUUCUGGUAUCACAUGUACGGUGAUCCUGGAUCACUGACAGUUAUGCGGAUUGUGAAGCAGGAAAAAGAUGACCAUAUACCAACGCGAAAGGACUUUAAGAAGGAACUGCACAAAGAGUGGGAAAGAUCUGAGAUAAGUGUCGACAAAUGGCUGCUAGCUGAAGUUGAACUUGCAGUGGUCCGAUCUGUGCGACGAGGAACUGUUCAUUGGAUCGCAAUUGUGGGUUCAGUUGGCCGCUCAUACAGAGGAGAUAUCGCCGUCGAUGAUAUUGAGUUCUCUGAAGGACGCUGCUCCUCGAGGAGGAGGUCUUAACGUUAAAACCUCCAACUGAGUGCCUUUUCCUGAGGUAAUAACCGUUUCUGUGGUAACUGGAAGACUG